CAAGAUUAUCCUCUCCGCUCUCUCGACAUCGUAACCUUCCUCAAAAUGGCGACUCGAAGCGCAGCUCUCAAGCUUGACUGGACCAAGGUCACCAGCUCCCUCGGUCUCCGUGGCCAGACCGUUGCCUCCCUGCAGGCCUUCAAGAAGCGCAACGAGGACGUCCGCCGCAAGGUUCAGCAGCUCCAGGAGCAGCCCACCACCGUCGAUUUCUCCCAGUACCGAUCCGUCCUCAAGAACCAGGCUAUCAUCGAUGAGAUCGAGAAGCGAUUCAGCGCCUUCAAGCCUGUCACCUACGAUGUUAGCCGACAACUGAAGGCCAUCGACGCUUUCGAGGCCGAGGCCGUGAAGAACGCCGAGGCUACCAAGGAGGCCGUUGACCUCGAACUCAAGGAUCUUGCCGCUACCCUCAAGAACAUCGAGGAGGCCCGACCAUUCGAGGAACUCACUGUCGACGAGGUUGCCGCUGCCGAGAAGUCUAUCGACGAGAAGACUGCUCAGCUCGUUUCCAAGGGCCGAUGGAUGGUGCCUGGAUACAAGGUAUGUUAUACGGAUGACGGAGGAGAUGACAGCACUAACAUCCACUGCAGGAGAAGUUUGGCGACUUGGCUGUGGUUUAAACGAAUCACGAUAUACCUUUUCCGGCUUCGCGUUGUGUACUCUAGCAUUGUAGAUACGAGAUCCCGAGGGAGAACCCGGCUUGUCUCAUACCCAAUCAGCUACAAUUUUUCCUCAGUGCUUCAUAAUGAAUUCUUUUUGGGACCUUGAGAAUUGCGGUUCGAUGUGAAGCAUAGUGUCCAGGUUCUCAAUUCCCAGACUAACCUUAGACUUGUCUAUUUAUGUCUCUUAGCAACCCAGCUUAAACUGAGACUCCUUGUUCUUCGUUCUCAUCACUUUCAUCUGCUGUUUGCGGACAAAUUCUUGGGGAAUGAAUCUUCAGCCCUUUGUCGACGUGUGGCCCAAUAUUGACACAGUAUGAAGACAGUCUUUUGGGAAUGUUGAACAAUGUGAGGGAGGCAAAGGCUGAAUUCUGAUAUACCUAUUGUGUACGACUAUAUCUCAAUGUAUUUAAUGUGGACUGUAGACUAAUCUAUCUGUAAAAGCAUGCCCCAUCUAUCAAGU